AUGUUCACCAACGGAAAUGGAGGAUCUGCCCGUCAAACAGCCUGGAAAGCGGAGCUGGAAAUCCGCGAAGCAGCAAGGGAAGCUGUGCGAAACUCCUCCUUGCCAACCAUGGAGGAUCUUGUCCGGAGCAUUAGUCCGGCAUAUACGCCAUCCUCCGGGAGAGCUUCGGUUGAACCCAUGACAGUGUCCAGUGCUGCCACAAGGGCUGAGCUACAUAUGACUCAGUCCCUAGAAAGGAUAGAACAACUGGAAGAGCAGUUCCGCACGGGCGCCAAAUACAGGCUGUGCAACGGAGCAGCGGCUGUGGGACAACCGCUUCAAGAAGGCUGA